AUGGGUUCCGAUCUUCAAGAUGCUGAAGCGCUGAUACACUCCGACGACCCGCACCACCCAGCGAACCACAUCUGUACGCUGUGCGCGCAUUUUUAUACGUUAGGAUGGGUCACAGGCACAGGGGGAGGUACAAGUAUCCGUCAUGAGGACAAGAUCUAUAUCGCACCGAGUGGUGUGCAGAAAGAGCUUAUGAAGCCAACGGACAUGUUUGUGAUGGACUUCAACAACAAGGAGUAUCUUCGAAGGCCUCAGGUACUUAAGCCUUCCGCCUGCACACCUCUCUUCAUGGCCGCGUUUGAACGUGGCGCCGGCUGUUGCAUCCACACACACUCGCAGUGGGCUGUUCUUGUAACCCUCCUCGUCGAACGCGACUUUGGAAAAGACGCGUGUUUCGAAAUCGAGGAGAUUGAACAGAUCAAGGGUAUACCAAAGGGACGAGGCAAGCAGGGUAAUCUAGGAUAUUACGAUAAGCUGCGGAUACCGAUCAUUGAGAAUACUGCACAUGAGGAGGACCUCAGGGAAAGCUUAGAAGAGGCUAUGGAGAAAUAUCCGGACUCUUACGCGAUCUUGGUGAGGAGACAUGGAAUCUAUGUCUGGGGCGACAACGUACAUAAGGCAAAGACCCAGUGCGAGAGCAUUGACUAUACCCUCCAGCUCGCUGUUGAGAUGCACAAGCUUGGUCUGAAAUGGACGAAGUAA